AUGAAUUCUUUCCAUAACCAGAGCCUUUUAGGUAGUUUAUUGGAUUCAGCUGGCCACCAAACAAGUUUUCAUUUAGAAUCACUCAAUGAUAACAAUUCAGUUGAUUGGGAUAAAGUAUAUCAGAAUAGGAAGUUUUAGGCCCUAGUUCUUCUAAUAUCGAACUUAAUUCUGAGUUUGAUUGCACUUCUUUUAAUUAGAGACAGGAAUAAUUUGAUUUUAAGUUUCAGCUAUCUCGAUCAAAAUAAUGAAUCCAUUCAAAAGCCAGAUAAUGACUAGCGAAUCUAUGUAAUAUGGAGCAUGAUUGGAAUUAUGCUGCUUUAACAAUUCAUUCUGAAACCUUACUAUUUAGCAGGGGAACUAAAUUCCUUUGAGAAAGCUAUAACAGCUUUAGAUAGAGAAUAUUGUAAUCUUAUUCACAAGAUAAGGGACCUAGGCGAGAGAAUAGAUCCUACUACUAUGGAUAAAAAGACAGCUAGCAAUUUUUUAAGUCUUAUCAGCAUUUUGGAUGAGAAAACAAGUAAAUUCUAUCUGAGAAUAGAGCCAACUAAAGAACCAAGCGAGAUGGUUGGAUAGGAAACAACUAUAGUAGUCUACGAUGACUAUUAUAUUAACAACAUUCGAAGCUAACUGAAACAAACAUAUUUCCUUAGUGCAACUUACUCAGCUUAAUAUCAAAACUUUAUAGACAAGCUAAAAUCAGUAUCAUUUCAGAAAAAUGAGUAAAAAUUAAUAGAACUGUGUGAGCCCAGUAAGAUUAGAAAUCUAGAUUCUUAUCAAAGAGAAAACGAUAAAAAACAUAAGAAUCCUUAAAUGAACUAGUUCUUCGCUGAUAAUCAGAAGAUGAGUAGUAAAGAGAUUUAAUCUAUUCAAUCGAAAGAAAGUUUGCUUAAAUUUGUACAGAGCUAAGGGUAGACUAGCCAUCCAUACGAUGAUAAUAAAGCCUUAAAUGAAUCAUCACUUUUAAACAACUAGAUUUAUUUGAUAAGUAAGAGGAAAAAUAUUAUAAGACGGUUCUUCAUCAUUAUCAUUGGGAUGAUUAUAAUUUCACUAAACGGACUUAUCAUUGAUUCUUUGAUUUAUACAGCUAAAAGUGAUUUCUCAUCUAUUUUAUGUUUGAUCUGGGAUCAGAAGUUUUAUGUAAAAUUGAUCAUGAUUAUCUCCCUACUUGCUCUUUCUCUUGAAUAAUUCAAUUACUCUUAAAUGAAAAUUCUAAAUGGUUCUGAUAUAAGAUAUAAAAGAUUGAAUUUGAUGCAAUAUUUGAGAUUUUCAAGCAAAAUAUCUGAAUUUAUGAUCGAUCAUUUAGAAUAUGAAAGAAAUAUGAAAAUGCUGAAUGAUCCUUUGACUUUAAUACUAGAGGGAGAGAGAAUUGCUUAUUAAGAAUUUGAGAGAAGAAAGCGACAUAGCUAUAAGAGAUCAGUUGCUUAUAGCUCUUCUGAUGAGGAAUCUGAUAAUCCUUCUUCAAUGCAUUUAUUCACAUCAUUUUAGAUUAAAUCACCCACAACUGACCCAGGAAAUAUGAUAAGCCCUGAUUUUUUUGCAAGAUAGAAUGAGAUGAUAAAUGAUCUAUAAAAUCUAAAUAAGACAGAUCCAAUUUAAGAGAAUAACUUUGAAAUAAUAAAUAUGUCUUUUGGUGCUGCAGUUGAAUUAAAGAAGAAUUGUAGCAGUUAAUAAGUUCCAGGAUCCAAACAUAGUCAUAAUAAUAAAAAUAAUAAUAAUCAAAAUGAUUAUAGGCAAGAUAGAUACUACUACGCACAUAGCAGUUCAUCUUCUUAAGGUGAGACAUGCAAAAGUGGAACAACCUAUAAGUCUAUUCAAGAAUUUAAGACCAUCUAACAAUGCAGAGAACCUGAAAAAAUCACAAAAACAAAAGUGUUUAUUAACAGAAAAUCCAAGGAUAAGAUUAAAAAGUACAAAAAUUAAAACAAUCAUUAAAAUCUGAAUUCCCCAAAUAUUCCAAGUCUAACUUUUGCACAAAGUCAAAAUUAGUUGAAAGAACUAGAUCUAAGGAGAUUUAAGAGUGAAUAAAAUCAAAUUCUAACUUUCUAGACAGAUAAUAAUCUCCUUAAAUCACCAAAAGCCCAUCAUUUUUUAGAAAAUAACUGUAUUUUAAAGAAGGACUAUUAGGGGAAAUUAUUUUCAAAUGAUAAAAUAUUCUCAGAUAUAUCUCUAGGCUAGUCAAUUGUAAUUCCAGUGUACUAUGAGACCUAGAUAUAAUAUCUCUAAGAAAAUAUGUGGUUAUAGUGCAACAUGAAACUACAGAAUAAGAAAGUCAUAAUUGAGCAAAUAUUAGAUAGCCAUAAUAGUGGAAACAAUAUUUAAAUACAUAGGCUGAAGUGUAAACAUAUCAAGCAUUUGACUUAUGAUAAAUUUAACAAGAAUUCAGGAUUGAUGAUUAAGUAUAAGUAAGAUGUGAUUAUCAAGAUUAAGACUAAUACCAGAGAAGAACUAAUAAAAUGGGUUGAGAUAUUGAAUAAGGAAAUAGAAUUUAACUGA